AGUUUAGCACACACUUUAACAUUUCAUUAUUUGAAAGUUAAUGUAUGACAAAAAUUUUAAAACAUUUGUUGAUUCUUCAUUGACCCGCAUGGUUAACAGUUGACAGGUCAAGCCUCAACAAAUUCGCGUUAUCAUGCAAUUAACACGAGAGUGAAUGGCGCCUUCAUACUUUCUCCGGAUGGUAAUAGUCCACUUGAUAAAAAAAUAGUCGAUCAGUUGAACGUUAGCUUUGUAUCAAUCCGUGUUCCAGUACCUAUCGGCGAAAGAAACCAUGCAGUGCAUCCUAAACACUUUAAUCCUUGUGCUUGCGCUGAGCUUCAGCCGUUGCAGUAGUUCGGAAAUUGAAAGUUAUUCAAAUCAAACAUCACUCGUCAGUCGUCAUCGAAGAGAGUUUCCUUUCUUUACGAUUGGACGUAUCGCGAAUACACAAUGCACAGGAGUGAACGGCUUACUGGGAACGUGUCAGGUUCGAGGUGAAUGUGAUGCUAAUGGGGGAAUUGCGAUGGGAGCGUGCAGCUCUCUAACCAACCAAGCCGUUUGUUGUGUCUUCAAAGCCACUUGUGGUGGAUCUGGAUCGAAUAAUGUGACAUACUUCCAAAAUAGUGGCUUCCCAAAUCCGUACAAUGGAGGUGGCAGCUGUUCCUAUACAGUGGUCCCUCCAGACAACACCAUCUGCCAGCUAAGGAUCGACUUCGGCGCGUUCACCCUAUCGCAACCGAACGCCGAUGGAUUGUGCACGGUGGACAACAUUCAAAUAACUGGCGGCAGUGCUCGGGUUCCGGUAAUAUGCGGCGAUAACAAUGGGCAGCACGUGUAUGUUCCAUUCAGUGGUACCAACUCGAUACAGAUCAGAAUUGCAACGACCGGAUCGGUACCGUUUAACAGAGUUUGGAAUCUGCAGUUGAGCUUGAUAUCCUGCUCCAGUACGUUCAAAGCUCCUGCGGGCUGUUUGCAGUAUUUCCUUGGUAGUUCUGGCAGUAUUCAAAGUUUCAACUAUGGACAGGGAGCAAAUGCAGCACUCAAUGCGAUGAUGAUGCCUGGUACACGGCAAAUGGCUAAUUCAAAUUAUGGUAUUUGCAUUCGAAAAGGCGUUGGGAUAUGUUCUGUCACCUACAAAGUGCCUACAGGAGAUCCUUACGCGUUCACCGUGUCGGGCGACGCUGGGGCAACAACACCUGGAACAGCUGCCGCUGCUCAACGGGGCGCUGAUUGUACCACAGAUUAUCUUAUCAUACCGAACCCAACUGGCGUAUCGACAGAUAGGUUUUGUGGAUUAGGAUUCACUACAACUACAAGCAAUACCCCAGUGUUCGUAAUGUAUUACAUCACAAAUGCCAAUGAUGCGACAGAUAUAGGCAAUAGAGGAUUCAGUUUACUAUAUACUACUACUGCAUGUGCGGUGGGAACUGGCAAGUAAACUAGCAAGUUGGCGGCUUGGAGAGAUAACAAUGGUACUGCAUAGAUGAGAAUGGAUUUACAUUAAAAUAAUAA